AUGAACAUCCUAGCCCUCCUCCUCACCACCCUCUCCCUCCUCCCCACGCCCUCCUACACCCAAGAAUCCUCCUCCUCAUCCUCUGACGGCUCCUCCGGAUCCACCUCCUCCUUCACCGUGACCGCCUACCGCUCCGACUCCCCCAUUAACAACCUCCCAUUAACCAUCUUCUCCGGCCGCUUCUACCUCGGCGGCCGCACCUCCUCCUACUGUCCUCCAGGUGUAGCCUCGGAGGGCGAAUGCCCCCCAGGAAACGAAACCAUUAUCGUUGGUGGGAAUGGCCUAGCAGUCUCCGUCCCCGGCGGCCAACAAAUCUACAUCCUCCCCACGGGGGCCUUAUCAUUCACAGCCCCGCACUCAUCCUACAUGCCUCCCGGCUCAUCCACCGGUCCAUUCAGCUACACGCCGGGUACUCCCUACGGAAGCUGGAAUUAUACGGGCUCUCCGGGUGGGUUCAUUGCUUGUCCCGUGAGGGGAGCUGGUGGGGGUAAAUGGAUUGUGUAUGUUAAUUGGAAGAAUGCGACGGUGCCUGGGGGGAAUGUUAAUGAGUGUUUGGGUUUUGGGGCGAGGGCGUGGGGGAGGAACGCCAGUGUGGGGGCUUGGGAGUAUAUCUAA